AUGGCUGCAACAUGUGUCAAUGGAAAUGAUGGUUUUUACCCAUAUGCCUUUGCUAUAGUUUUAUCUGAAAACAAAGACAAUUGGUUUUGGUUUUUGGAUAAUCUUCAACAAGUGGUCUAUGAUCGUCCGAUUGUUUUCCUUAGUGAUCGUCACAAAGGACUUUUGCAGGGCAUUCCAAGAGCAUUUCCUGGUUCAUAUCAUAACUAUUGCUUUUACCACAUCAAGUGCAAUCUCCCCAUUGGAAAAGGUGAUGCGAAUUACAAUGUCGUUAUUGAUUUGUUUUACAAAGCUGCUUACUCUUACACAGCAGCGAACUUUGAAGAAGCUUUGCGUGGCAUGCAUGCAAUUGGUUGUGGACAUGUUGCUAAUUAUCUCAGGAACAUUCCAAAGGAGAAAUGGGAAAAUGCAUUUUUCCCUGUAUGCAGAUAUGCUGCUCACUCUUCAACUAUUUCCGAGUCAUUCAAUAACUGGAUUCUUGAGUUCAAAAAGUUGCCUUCUUUUGCUCUUCUUGAUGCGAUAUGGCUCACUCCCGUAUACGAGGAUAUACUAAACGAGAACAUCAACAUUGGUCGUACUUGGACUAUUGUUGAGUCUAUGGAAAGACUGUAUGAAGUCAGGUCUCCCCGCACUCAUUCUGUAGAUCUGUUAGAGAUAACUUGUACGUGUCACGGGUGGAAAGUAAAUGGUUUUCCCUGUGCACAUGCUUGUGCUUCCAUUCAAUCUACGAGGGAGGACAUAUAUUCAUUUGUUGAGCCAUACUUCACCACUGAAUGGUACAACAGGACAUACCAAGAUAUCAUCUUUCCAAUCCCCAAUUAUGACAAGCCACAGUCUUAUGAUCCUAAUGAUAGGAUUAUUGUUCCUAUUCCUGUGCCUCCACCUGGUAGACGAAGAGAACAGCGUUUCAAGAAGGCUUGGGAGAAGCAAAAGAGGCCUAUGAUGUGCACAAAGUGCUUCACUCUUGGUCACCAUAACAGAGCUACCUGCCCCAUGCCUUGA